AUGGAAGGAAAAGAGAUGGACGCUGCUAUCACCAGGUCAGGCCUAGACGCCAGCCAUUGGCGAGGGAGCGAGGCAGAGGGCGCUGACGGAGCUGAUGAUGAAGCUGAAAAAAAGAGAGAAAAAGCAAAGAAAGACAAGACAGACGAGGAUCUGCUGAUGGACUGUGAAGAAGAUGAUGAUGAGGAUGAAGAAGAAGAUGAUGAAGAAGAAGAAGAUGAAGAAGAUGUUGAAGAUGAAGUCUUAUUAUGGACGUUGGAUGUCUACGCCGUUUUUGGGGGACUCCACCGGCUGUUGGGCGACUUUUACGGAGAAGAAGAAGAAGAAGAAGAGAAGAGAGGAAAAGAGAGAGAAAGAGAGAGAAAGCAGGAAGAAAAGGCUGGUCGACGGUCGAGCGGUGCUGAGACUCAGCAGACAGCCGGAGAAGCAGAGAAGAAGCAAAGCAAGGAGGAGUUUACUGGCUGA